UGGGGGUGCGGGAGGGGAAAGGUCACUGGCCUGGGGGCCUGGAGGGAGCAGCCUGGCCAGGGUAGGGACGGAGGCGAUGAUCCCGGUCCUGGGAGCGAAUGGUGCCGAUGUGGACCUGGGCUCUGCCCCUCCCUGGCAGCCCGAGCCUCUCUGCCCCGGGGUGGGGUGGGGAGUGGUGGGGGGACAGCUGCGAGGGAGGGAGGGUCUCCUUGCGUGGUCAGUUGGAGCACAGAAUCACUCCUCAUCGUCUGCUUUUCGUGUGGUUGAGAUCAGAGGGUUCCGGCAGAUGCUUUCCCGAAGGUCCCCGGGGUGGAGGCCAGGUGUCAGAAGGGAAAGCGAGAGAGAGACAGAGACAGAGAGAGAUAGCGAGCGCGAGCUGUGUAGAAGAACUGGGGAGCAUCUGUGGGAGGAGGCAAGGCAGGGGGUUGUACUGGAGUGUGUGCCCGGCUGGGGCCAUCUUCCUUCUGACCACAACCGACUGGCUUUGUGCCAGGAGAGUGGAGCUGAUGCGUAAAUUCAGGGCGCCGGGGAGAGGAGAAAGUGCUCCCAGACUAACAGCCUGCAGAUCAGCCACUGGAGGGAACAAGGCCAGCGUAGCACAGGAGCAGGGCGGGUCACCUUCUGGCCAGCCGGGACUCUGCGCAGCCGGCGGCUGGCCCAGGCUCGAGCUGACCCUUCGCAGAAGGGCUGCUGGUUCUGGGAUGUAAACAAAGCUUGCAGCAGAUGAGGUGGAGGAAGUCUUCCCAGAAAGGGCAUGCUGAGGGCCAGAUGACCGCUCCCAGGACAGUGGCCCCUUGGAGGUGGGGCAUCCAGGGUGUCCCCGAGGACAGGCCCCACAGGGAGGCUCUGACAAGAGUUGUCUGAGCCAUGCUAGGAUGCCAGCAGGAACUGCAGCCCAUUCUGCAGAGAAGUGGCUCCUGGCUCCCUUGCCCGCAGUGACGGGUUUGUUCCUUCCAAGCCGGGCUGUUUCUCUUGUUCUAAGGCAAGAACUCGGCCUUCAGUUGCCUUGGGCUCAUGUAUCUCCUCUGACCUCCAGAAAGCUGAAUUAAGAGCGUGAGUCAAAAAGUAUCUGCACUCCGGUUAUAUUAAAACUUCUGUAAAUUCUAUAGCCAGAGUGCGGGUACUUUUUGACCCAGCCUCGUAAAUGCCCCAUGUUACCUCAUUUAAUCCUUUUCCCCUCAUUAUAGGGCUGGUGGCACUUUCCCUGUCUUACAAGGGUUGGAAAAGUCUUAGUAUCUCGCCCUCAGUCACACCAACCAGUGUCAGAACUUGAACUCAGAUCUGCGCAUCUUUGUUUACACUGUCCGGGUAUUAGGGUACUUCAGUGCCCAUCCUCCUGCUCUGGCCCACGGCCCGCAUCUUUGGAAGCCAGUUUCUCAUCCUCAGCCCUACUGGCCUUUGGGGCUAGGUACUUCUUUGUUGUGGGGGGCCGUCCUGUGGAUUGUAGGGUAUUUAGCAGACCCCUGGUUUUGAUCCACUAGGUGCCAGCAGCACCCCUCUCCGUGGUUGUGGCAACCAGACACCAUUGCCAGCUGCCCCCCGUCAAACAAAACUGCCCCCAGUUGAGAACUGCUGGGGUCGGCAAUCUUAAAGGCACAUUGAGGUGCUUCUCUUGAAAGAGCAUGAUAUAUGCAAACCUGCAGGAGACUCAGGCCUGCGCUGGGUUGUUUUAGGCACAGCUUUCCAGGAAAAAAAAAAGUCCGUUGCACGUUUCCAGGCGCACCCAGGACAGUUCUGUGAGAAAACCAUUGCCAGGGGCUGAAAGAAAGUUCAGGAACAUGCAUUUGGGGAGAAGCAGGGAUCAUGGAGGGCCUUCAGUUCCAUCCUGAAGUUGAUUAAAGAGAUUUCAGCAAUGGAAUGGUUGGAGCAGUGGCGUCCAGGCUGGAUGGACUUGGGAACGCUGUACCCCUGCCGUUACUUCAUCCUGCCUCGCGGGGGCUCUUUAACAGGAGGUAGUGUGUCCUUGAGAUGCGUCCUCUCACCAGCGCCCUGUGGACACCAAGAAUGGUGGGCCAGGGGCGUGGUCUGAGGGGCUGCCCGUCCUCCCCCCUCUCGUUGACUUCAGGCCUGUGGCUCCUGCUUGAGGCUGCUACAGCCUGUUCUCCCUCCUCCUAGAAGAAAAACCAGUGUUGCCGGCUGCCCUGCUUCUGGGCCUUCCCUGGCAUCUCUCCCGGUGCCGCCCUGAGGGCGCCCGUGCUGACGGGCUGCACCUCUCCUGUGCAUUUCUGCUCUCUGGUCCUCCCUGUGGGCGCCUGCCCCAGCCCUGGUCCUUUCUCUCAGGCAUUUGGACCCCCUGGAGGCCUGGCUGCUGUGUCCAGACAACAGUGGAGGAGGCUGUUUCUGGUGGGACAGAGGAGGGGGCUGGGGCGGGCUGGAAGGGAGGGGCCGGGUGGAGGCAGACGAGGGCCGCCUUGCUCUGUAGCCCCCUCGUCCCCGGUGCUCGCCGUGCCCCUUGCCCGCCAACCCCUGCAGCAUUUGCUGGGCAGGACGCCCCUGCAGGCCCCGGGCCUGCUCGAGGCUUCUGUCUGCUCGCCCUCUGAUGGUGCCUGGCCCAGGAGACGCCGAGUUAUCUGUUGAAGGAAUUGGAUGCAUGUGCUGAUGUCAGGAAGGCCAGUGUCCUGGAGGGGGCAGGCCCCGUGACCUCUUAGUGGCCAGCCCCUGGCUGCACUGAGGCCUGAGUCAUGCAACAUCUGGGAACGUCUGAAGAGAGACACCUACAUGUUGGCAGCCUUUUAGCCCCGGGCGUCCCCCUUAAAGAGGCUGGUAUCCCCCCGGUAGAGCCAUUCCUUGGUUUCGAGAAGAAAGGAUGCUUUCCCAGGAUGCUGAGAAUUUGAGGUGUUCAGAAGGCCGUCAUCUCUUCCAGCAUUUAGAGAACCCUGCCAGCUGCAAGGACAGAUGGGGAACAGCAAGAGCCACCCGGGGCAGGGGUUCUCCUCGCGGUUUCUCCCCGAGGAGCAGGCCGAGACUGACAGGCUGUUCGAUGCUCUGUCGGCGGAGGAACUCGGCUCCAGUACCUCGCCCAGGUCCUUCUCUCUGCAGGCGCUGAAGAGCCACGUUGGGGAAGCUCUUCCCCCAGAGAUGGUCACCAGGCUGUUUGAUGGCAUGCGGAGGAUGGACGUGACCGGGAGGGCCAAGGGGCCCAGUGAGCGCGUCUCCCAGGAGCAGUUCACAGCAUCCAUGUCCCACCUGUUAAAAGGAAAUGCUGAGGAGAAGAGUCUCGUGAUCCUGAAAAUGAUUUCUGCCACAGAAGGUCCCGUGAAAGCAAGUGAGGUCCAACAGUUUACAGAGGAUCUGGUUGGCUCUGUGGUGCACGUGCUAAAAUACAGACAGGAGCUGAGAGGCUGGACUCAGAAGCAAGCCCCAGGCUCCCCGUCCCGGGUGCAGGCACUGGCUGCUCACCUGUUCUCUGAGAUGAAGCUUCAAGACGGCGAGAAGCUUCCGGGGCCUCAGCGGCUGGACUGUGACUGUGACCAAGCUGCACUCGAGGACUGGGUGUUCAGGGCCCCCCACGUGGCCACGUUUCUGAGCGUGGUCAUCCACCAAGGCUUUCUCCUCCUGCGCUCGUCCCUGGAUCUGGCCACCCUGGUCCCCGAGCGCCAGGUCAACCAGGAGCAGGAGUUUGCGAGCAUCCUGGACGUCCUGUCCGUCGUCUACAUCAACUCCCACCUGCCCCAGGAGCAGCGGCACCGCUGGCGCCUGCUCUUCUCGUCCGAGCUCCACGGGCACAGCUUCUCCCAGCUCUGCGGGCGCAUCACACACUGGGGGCCCUGCGUGCUGCUGCUUGAGGACCACGACGGCCACGUGUUCGGCGGCUUCGCCUCCUGCUCCUGGGAGGUCAAGCCUCAGUUUCAAGGGGACGACAGGUGCUUCCUGUUCUGCGUCUCCCCCAGCAUGGCCGUGUACACCUGCACGGGCUACAACGACCACUACAUGUACCUGAAUCAAGGGCAGCAGACCAUCCCGAACGGACUGGGCAUGGGGGGGCAGCACAAUUACUUUGGCCUGUGGAUCGAUGUCGAUUUCGGGAAAGGACACAGCAAGGCCAAGCCCACGUGCACCACGUACAAUAGCCCUCAGCUGUCGGCCCAGGAGGACUUCCAGUUCGAGAAGAUGGAGGUGUGGGCGGUGGGAGACGCCUCGGUGACACAGCGGGCCAAGAACACCAAGAGCAUUCUGGACGUGGACCCCGAGGCGCGGGCCCUGCUGGAAGUCAGCGGGCGGAUUCGCCACAGCGAAGGGCUCCGGGAGGUCCCUGAUGACCAGUGAGGAGGAGCCCGCCGCGUGCACGCACCUUCCUGGAGCUGGAGCACAGCCUGCAGACCCUCCCCCAUCCCGUGGAGGCUUCACUUUGACCAGAGCCUGUUGGUCAUGUCCAGGGGGUCCUGGAGGUGCCUAAUCGGGACAGAGAGUGGUCCUCCGAUGCCGUAUGUCGCCUGGUGGAUGCCUCUCCUCCCGAAAUCCUGAGUGUCCAGUUAGCAACCUGAUUCUUAGACUUCGCUCGUUUUGUACAGAUGAACUCCAGAGAAGAUGCUGAGGUGCUGGAGACCUCCUGUCUCCUCCUGGGAUUAGCAUCAGCUGGGGAUUUGAGUUCUUGUGGGGGAGGGGGUUGCACUCGCUGGGGGUUAGUUGGCUUCUGCUCAGGCGUCUUAGUUAAAAGCCUUGAUUUCCCAUUUCGACUGGUAAAGGUGAGAGGUGUUUGGAUGGGAAUCUCAGCACUUUGAGGAAUAGUUUCCUCUGACAUGGAAUUUCUGUAUUUCUUUAAAAAAAAAAAAAAAGCAUGAAUAGUGUACUAACGGGGAAAUAGCUGGAGAUCUUGAAGGUAACAGUGACAUGGGUCUUCAGUGAGAUUCCACAUCUGCCUUUCUCUGCUGUUUUUAACACAUUAUUAAAUGUGUUAAAAUUAAUUAAUUAAUAUGACCAGAGAUGUAUUAAUACAUCUUUUGGUACCCAAACGUGUUAUUGACCAGAGACGGUUCAACAUUCAUUUACAUCACAAAUCACUGGCCACAGGCGUUAGUUUCUGCAAAAACCCCUGGUCAGUAAUGAGUUAAGUGCUUCUGUGCUGUGAGCAAAAGGGACAACCAGGAGGUCUACAGCGAAGCAGACUCACGGUUCUCUUCCUAACUUAAGCGUGGGGACGUUCGGGGCCCCAAGGCUGAGAGUCCUGCUAAUAGAUGUACCGCCUGUCGCAGGGAUUAGUGGUGAGUGACUUCACCGGACCGGCCUGGGCUCCUGACCUCCCAGCAGCACCCCCAUGCUGCUCCCCAAGAGGGUGGUGGGUACUUUGACAGCGUGGACUUGCUUUUAAACAAAUAGUGAUCCUGAAACGCUUGGGAAGAUGUAUGUGGGCCUCGGGCAGAGCUGGCACGUCCAGUCCAGUCCCUGCACCCCUCGAAGGAGGGCUGAAGGAUCUCCAGACGUGCCGAGAAUCCCCUCAGGGGAGCUUCCUCCUUGCUUCGCAUUGCUCUUCUGCAGAUCUGACCAAAGUGCCGCCUUAUUAUCGAGUUUGCCCCAAAUCUAAGCCAUAGUAAAAUGAGCGGUUUGAAUUUUGCAGGUUCUGCGUUUUCUGCCAGGAAGCUCAUCAAGCUUUACGCUGAGCCCUGAGCAGGAGGCCUUGCAAAUGGGCCUUUGGGAGACAAGUGCACACUCAGACAGUGACACGCAGACUUGGUCGUGAUGGAUUUUCCUUAUAAAAAGCCAGUUUUUAAUAGCUUCUCAGGUACAUUUUGUGACUUCGUAACUGAUGGGAAGCAGGUACAGGAUAUCCGUAUCCUAUCAGUAUCCUCAGAUAUCCUUAUCGUAAUCUAAAGAAUUAGGCCCCGAGUCUUCAGUUUGUUAUAUAUAUUUUUUUAAAAUAAAAAUGCAAUGAAAUGAUACCUCACUUAAGUCCGUUGAAUACCAUUUAUUGCCACCUCUGUUUUCUGCCUUGUGCCUCUUCUAACAAGAGAGCAGGUCGUACCUGGGGGCCUGAUGGGUCCCCAAGACGGCACACCUGCACGAGGGAAGCAGGGUGCCCAGCCCAGGCGCUUGGUAACCCGGGGGAUGUGGCCCUCGUGGGGGUGUGGGGCAGCCACACGAUGCCCCAUCACGUGUGGUCCUGAGCACACAGACCAGUUUGGUGUCAGCCGUGCCUGGGGCUACAGGACCCCAGGAACCACCCCUCACCCCACCCCGAGGCCUGAGAAACCCGUGAUGCUAGUUUUAACACCUAACGAGUUUGUUCUUUGAUAAAAUGGGAAUGAGAAUUCAGGUUGUAAGGACUCGUGGUCUCCCUGGAGGUGAAGGCAGAUAAGGCCCCCUGAAGGUGCUGGAAGGAAGGGGUGAAAAAACGCUGUUUGAGGUACAGCCUGGCUCUUGUUACUUUUUUCCCACCAUAUUUUUUUUUCUAACAAAUUUUUUAUUUUUAUUGAAUGAAAGAGCCUUUAAAUUCUCCAGUGCUUUACAAUUUUCAGAAGUUUCACACACAAUGGUUUUAUAUAAUCCCAUAAUUUCCCCCUCUACCCCCGUUGCCUCUCCCCACUGGUAACCACUAGUUCGUUCUCCAUAUUUGUGAGUCUGCUUCUUUUUUGUUUUAUUCACUAGUUUGUUGUAUUUUUUAGAUUUCACACAUAAGUGAUAUCACACAGUAUUUGUCUUCCUCUGUCUGACUUAUUUCACUUAGCAUAAUGCCCUCCGCGUCCAUCUGUGUUGGUGCGAAUGGCAAAAUUUCAUUCUUUUUUAUGGCUACGUGAUAUUCCACACAUACCUCAUCUUCUUUACCCAUUCAUCUGUUGAGUGAUUGACCCACCAUAUUUUUUUUUAAAUUAAAACAUUAGCUUAUGUGUACACAGCAAAGAAUGUCAAAAUACAAAAGGAUGUAAUCUGAAAGCUGAGUCUUCCUCCUGUCCCCCCCUCCAGCAUUUUCUUCCCAGGAGGUAAUGUGUUGUACACACUGGUGUGUCCCUCACCUUUUUGAGGGGGGUGGAAAUGGCUCUGUGUCUACCCAUUUGUUCUCGCUGACUCUGUAAUGCCCCACGAGAUGGUUGCCGUGUCCUUUCUGGUGUUCUACCAUCCCCAGCUAGCGCAUGGUCCGUUUGUAGCUAACUGUUACUUGAGUGAGCAUUGUUUAUGUGUGUCUUGGGGUGGUUUUGUCUGGAGGAUAAACUCUUCGAAGCUGAAUUACUGGAUCAAAAGGUGCAUGCUUUUUUUAUUUAGAUAUUAACAAAGUAACAAACCUCUUGCAAGCUCAGUUUAUACUUUUGAGACCUGGGAUGCCUGUUUGCUGUGUUUUCAUCAAUACUGCAUUAAAAUUUAGUUUUUGUUUACCUGAUACUGAAAAGCUGUAAUUUUAUUGUCUAUUUCUCUUAUGAAUGACAGCGAACAGCUUCUUGUUCAAGAACCAUCUGCGUCAUAUCCUUCACCUGGUUUUCUAGGGUGUGUUUCUCAUUGGUUUGCAAGAGUGCUCUUUUGAAUUAAGCAAAAUAGUAUUGGCUGUGUGUGGUAGCUGUUUUUUCCAGUUUUUGUGACUUUUUUUUUUUCUGUACAUAAAUUUUGCAUUUGAUGUCAUCAUAUUUGCCAGCUUCUGAGAUCUGUGUUUUGCUUAAGGGGUUUUUCUCCACUCUGAGAUUUACCAAAAAAAAAAAAAAAUCCAUGUUUUCUUCUACUACUUCUGUGCUUUCCAAUUAUACUUCUUUUUUUAAAAAGAACUUUUAUUGAGAUAUAAUUAACAUACAAUAAACUGCAUAUAUUUUAAGUGUACAAUUUGAUAUUUUUUUCUUCUUAGUAAUGUAUAUAUGGCAAUCCCAAUCUCCCAUUUCAUUCCACCCCAACCGCCCAACUUCUUUUUUUUGACAAUAGUAUUGUAUUUAUUAAGUACUUACUUGUUUUCCCUAUUAAUUCAUCAUAGACCUACCUGAUUUCCGUGAGAACUCAGAAUGAAAUAAUCAAAUUUACACUUAGUGUUCCUAUAAUUCCAAACUCCCAUCCAAAUAUUAGUCCAAACAAUAUCAUAAGGUAAGUUUCUGUUUCUCAUUUAAGUUUUUGAGAUACUGAAAAUAGCUUCUCAGUCUCAUUUCUACUUUAAGUGUCCUGAGGCCCUGUGUACCCAAGGAGAGCCCCUAUCAUUUACCGGAUCACAAAGCUAAAGUUGGUGACUCAUGCAAGGUAACAGAAAUAGCCCAUGGUGGUGCCCCCUCCUCCCGUGGUCCUUAUCUACGGGCCUUGGAAACUGGGGAGUUAUCAUAAACGACUUGUGAUCCCAACUGCUCCACUUGUACUUCUAAAUCUUUGAUCCAUUCAAAAUGUAUUUUUAUUUUUUAUUCUCUUUUAAAAAAAUUUUUAUUUUAUGUUGAAUGAUAGUUGACUUACAAUGUUGUGUUAGUUUCAGGUGCACAGCAAGUGAUUCAGUUGUAUAUAUAUACACUCUUUUCCAAAUUCUUUUCCCAUUUAGGUUAUUACAGAAUAUUGAGCAGAGUUCCCUCUGCUAUAUAGUAAGUCCUUAUCAGUUAUGUAUUUUAAAUAUAGUAUUGUGUACAUGUCAAUCCCAGACUUCUAAUUUAUCCCCUAAACCUCCCCUACCCCCAACCACCUUUCCCCUUUGGUAACCAUAAGUUUGUUUUCAAAAUCUGUGAGUCUAUUUCUGUUUUGUAAAUAAGUUCAUUUGUAUCAUUUUUUUUUAGAUUCUGCAUAUAAGUGAUGUCAUAUGGUGUUUGUCUUUCUCUGUCUGACUUACUUCACUUAGUACGAUAAUCUCCAGGUCCAUCCAUAUUGCUCCAAAUGGCAUUAUUUCAUUCUUUUUAAUGGCUGAAUAAUAUUCCAUUGUGUAUAUGUACCACAUCUUCUUUAUCCACUCCUCUGUUGACGGACAUUUAAAUUACUCCCAUGUCUUGGCUAUUGUGAGCAGUACUGCAAUGAACAUUGGGGUGCAUGUAUCCUUUCAAACCAUGGUUUUCCCUGGUAUAUGCCCAGGAGUGGAGUUGCUGGAUCAUAUGGCAGCUCUAUUUUUAGUUUUCUAAAGAACCUCCAUACUGUUCUCCAUAGUGGCUGCACCAGUUUACAUUCCCACCAACAGUGCAGGAGGGUUCCCUUUUCUCCACACCCUCUGCAGCAUUUAUUGUUUGUAGAUUUUCUGAUAAUGGCCAUUCUGACCAGUGUGAAGUGGUAUCUCAUUGUAGUUUUGAUUUGCAUGUCUCUGAUGAUCAGCAAUGUCGAGCAUCUUUCAUGUGCCCAUUGGCCAUCUGUAUGUCUUCUUUGGAGAGAUGUCUAUUUAGAUCUUCUGCCCAUUUUUUUGGUUGGGUUGUUUGGUUUUUUUGCUGUUGAGCUGUGUGAACUGUUUAUAUAUUGUGGAGAUUAAGCCCUUGUCGGUCACUUUGUUUGCAAAUAUUUUCUCCCAUUCUGAGAGUUGUGUUUUCAUUUUGUUUAUGGUUCCCUUUGCUGUGCAAAAGCUUUUGAGUUUAAUUAGGUCCCGUUUGUUUAUUUUUGUUUUUAUUUCCAUUACUCUAGGAGACAGAUCGAAAAAAGUAUUGCUGCCAUUUAUGUCAAAGAGUGUUCUGCCUAUGUUUUCCUCUAAGAGUUUUAUAGUAUCUGGUCUUACAUUUAGGUCUUUAAUCCAUUUUGAGUCUAUUUUUGUGUAUACUGUUAGAGAUUCUAAUUUCAUUCUUUUAUAUGUAGUCCAGUUUUCCCAGCAUCACUUAUUGAAGAAACUGUCUUUUCUCCAUUGUAUAGUCUUACCUCCUUUGUCAUAGAUUAAUUCACCGUAGAUGCAUGGCUUUGUUUCUGGGCUUUCUAUCCUGUUCCAUUGAUCUAUAUUUCUGUUUUUGUGACAGUACCAUACUGUUUUGCUUACUGUAGCUUUGCAGUAUAGUCUGAAGUCAGGGAGCCCGAUUCCUCCAGCUCUGUUUUCCUUUCUCAAGAUUGCUUUGGUUCAAAAUCUGUUUUAAAAUAUACCUCUAUCUUACCCCCAAAUAAAUUCCAAAACAUUGUAUAGUAAAUGGUGUGUCUAUUUCCCACUGACUUAAAAUGCUACUUUCUCACUUGCUGAAUUUCUGUAUGAGUUUAGGUCUCUGUCUCAUGUUUUAAUGAUUAGAAUUUUAUGAUAAAAAUAUGUAAGAGAUAUUCCUCUAUUACUACUUAAAAAGAUUUUUUUUUCCUUCAAAUUCUUGCCAGCUUAUUUUGUCUGAUCUUUGGUAGCACUUUGACUGCUUCUAAAAAGUUGGAUAGUAUUUUCAAGAUGGCAUUAAAUAUUGAUGAACGUAGGCAGAACUGACAUUGGCUAAUGCUGAUUCUUCCUAUCCAAGAACAGGAACAUGUAAGUUUGCUACAUAAAUUUUUGUUGUCAUUGCUGGCACUGUGAGUGGACUUUUUCCCCCCGGUGAUUGUUUGAAUAUUGGAAAGCUCUUGAUUUUUUCUGUGUAGUUUUGUAUCCAGUUACCUUGCUGAAUUCUUUUACUCAGUGGUUCUUGACCUUGAGCCCACAUCAGAAUCAUCUAGAGGGCUUCUUAAAUUACAGAUUAGGGUCCUCCACCCCUAGAAUUUGAUUCAGUAGCUCUGGGGAGGACCUGAGAAUUUACACUGCUAAUAAAUUCCCAGGUGAUGGUGCUGCAGCUGCUCUGGGGACCUCACAUUGAGGACCACUGCUGUUCAUUGUUUCUGAUUAUCUAUGAAUUCUCUGAGAGUUUGCAGCUAUUAUGAUCUUAAUCUGAAAAAAAUAUUUUACCUUUAUUUCUGAAGGAUUGUUUUUGCUUUUUUUGUUUGUUUGUUUUUUAAAAGAUAUUUUGACAUUUCCCCCAGCACUUUAAAGCAUCUUUCUUUCUGUUAUGCUUUGGCUUGUGUGAUAUCUUUUCUCCCCGCCCCCCCAGAUUUAUUGAGAUAUAAUUGACACAUAAGAUUGUGUAGUUUAAAGUGUAUACUCUGUUGAUUGCAGCCAUUACGAUGGCAUACCUGGAAAUAAGGAUAAUUUCCCUACCUUUCUCAUUUCUAGACCUUUCAUUUCUUUCUCUUGAUUAAUUGUAUCAGCAGAUACUUUCUGAAUUUUAAUGAUAAUGAUGCAUCCUUCUCAUUCCUGACUUGAAUGGAAACCCAUCUAGUCUUUCAUCAUUAAGUGUGAUGCUGGCUUUUGUUUUGAGAUGUUUCAUAUCUAUAUAAAUGUACACUUUUUAUGCCAAGAAAGUACCCAUUUGUAUUUGUGUCAAGAGUAGAUGUUGAAUUUUAUAAAAAGCUUUUCUUUAGCAUCCAUGUUUUUCUUCAGUUAUCAAUAUUAAUAAGAAAUAUCAAAUUCCUUACAAAUAUUAAGGUUCCAGAUAUUGAGCCCUCUUUGUGCUUUAACUGUCACUCUUUAAAUGUGUUCAUUCAGUUCGCUCGUGUUUAGUUCUUUUGUGGUGGUGUGUAUAAAUGAGUUGGUCCGUGUUUUUUUUGUUUUGUUUUGGUCAGAUUUUAUUUGUCACGCUUUAAAGUUGUGCUGUUCUUACAAAAAUAAUUUAGAAUAUUUCUUUUUUCCAGGUUUUAGAAAAUGUAAAUAAAAGGAGUUCCUUAAAGUUUGGGUAAAAUUCAUGUCAUAUUUUUUGGUUUGGUGGUGGAGGGAAGACGUUAACUCUUGAUAACCUUAUCCACUUUUUUAAAAAAAAAUCAUCUGGGUUGUCUGAAAUCUCUGCUGGGAUCCAGUUUUGAUGAUUUUUUAAUAUUUCUUAGUAAAUUUCCCACUUCAUUUAAAUCUUCAAAUUAAUUUACAUAAGAUUGGCCAAAAUAUUUGAAAUUUUUCCAUAGUUGAGGAUUUUUUUCUCUUGUGUUUUCCUUUCACUUUUUUUCCUGGAUUAGGUUCUACCAAUUUUGUAGUUAAUAUUUUUAUAUUAUUUUCACUGCUUUUGUGUUUUUCAUUUUCCAUUUUUUUUGAGUUGAUCAUUAAAGGAGUAAAUAAACAGAAAGAGUAAAUGAGAAUAUAUGGGGCUACUGCUUUUUUCUGUGGGCUCUGCUUUACAUUGUGACCUGAUCUUUGCAUUUACAGGUUCUGACUGACGUGUGUGUGAUGAGCUUCCGGAUUUUCUGCAGUUCCAUUUUGAUUUUCUCUUGGGCCCAAGAGCUUUACAAUUUUGGUGUGCUAGAAAAUUUCCCCACAGCUUUUGUGGUUGAGUUUAGUUUUGUUGAACAGUGUUCAGAGAGGUCAUCUAUAUGACACCUACUUCCUGGAAUCAAUCGAGGUUUCAGUGGUAGCCUCACUUGGCAGGGUAGAGAAGGGGGAGGUCACCUGUAUCUGCUUUCUGAGAUCAGUUUAUGUCCUCGCGUGUGGUCAGUUAAGAGUCUCCUAGUGAAGUUUCUGUGUUUUUCCUAAAUUUCUCCUACCGUGCUCUAUGAAUUUGGAUGUUGUGUUUGUACAUACCCAGGCCUAUUAGAUUUUUGGUGCUGGUUACACCUUGUUAAAUUCCAUUCCUUGCCGCACCGAAUGCUUUUGGCCUGGAUUGUAAUCUCAUCUGACAUUAACGGUGUCACCCCUGUAAUGUGGGUUGUUGUCUCCAUUUGCCUGGUAUGUUCUCACUCAAUUUUUCUGAGUCUUUUUCUCCCUUAUAAACUUCAUUUUGAAAUAAUUUUAGAUUGACAUAUAAGUUGUAAAAAUAAUGCAGGGAGUUCCUGUGUACCCAUCACCCAGCUUCCCCCAAUGAAAACAUCUUACAUAACCACAGUGCAAUGAUCAAAACAAGGAAAUUGGUGUUAAUGUAAAAUUGUGAACUAAAUAGCUUAAACCUUAUGUGAAUUUCACCAGUUUUUCCACAGUAGCUGAUUUGAGGCCAACUUGAGGCUAAGGGCACAGUCCUCCAGGUGGCAAAGUCUACCCAAGACUUCUGAAACCAACUGCAAGUUCAGGGAAUUCCCCAAACCACUCUCAGGUUGGAUAAUUCACUAAAAAGAAAAAUCUCACAGAAACCUGUUACACUGAUGGUCAUGUUUAUUACAGGAAAAGGAUAUAAAUUAGAACCAGACAAAGGUAAGAAUCUAGGAGAGUUUGAAAUGUAGAGCCUCUGGGCAUCCUCUCCCUGUGAGUCUUAGAGAAUCACUGGGCCUGAGGAUGGUCUUGGGGACCCCUGCCACAAGUUAUAUGAAAUUUUAUUACCUGUGUAGAUUAGUGAAAACACCACUACAGUCGGGAUACAGAACUGUCCCAUCACCCCCCAAACUCUUUCAUCUUCUCCCUCGACAGUCACACCCUCUUAAUCCUACUCUUGGCAACCUCAAAUCCAUUCUCCAUUGUUAUAAUUUUGUCACUUUGUGAAUCUUCUGUAAAUGGAACUAUUUAGAAUAUAACUUUUUAAGACUGGAUACUGUCACUCAGGAUAAUACCCAUGAGAUCCAGCCAAGUUGUUCUGUGUAUGUUCCUUCUCAUUGCUGGGUAGGACUCCACAGUAUGGAUGUACCUAUUUCUGUAUCCAUUCACCCUCUUAAGGAUGUUUGGGUUGUUUCUAAGAUUUGGCUCUUGUAAAUAAACAUGCCAUGAACUUUCAUGUACAGAUUUUUGUGUGAACAUGAGUCAUCUUUAGGAUCAAUACCUAGGAGUAGGAUUGAUGGAUCACAUGCUAAAUGUAUGUUAAAGUUUACAGGAUGUUGCCAAACUGUUAUCAAGAGUGGCUGUAGCAUUUAUGGCCCCAUCAGCAACAAAUACAAGUUCCAGAUGCUCUGCAUCCUUGGCAGCACUUAAUAUUGUCAGUAUUUUAUUUUAGCCACUUUAAUAGGUGUGUACUGUAUCUCAUUGUGGGUUAAGGUUGCCUUUCCCUACUGGUUAAUGAUGUUGAACAUAUUUUCUUGUGCUUAUUUACCAUGGGUAUGUCCUCUUUGGUGAAGAUUCAGUUCAAGACUUUUACCCUUUUUCUAAAAUUUCUUUAACUGUUAAGUUUUGAGUUUUUAAAAGUAUUCUGGAUCCAAGUCCUUUGUUAGAUAUGUGAUUUGAAAAUUUUUUCUUUUAGUAUGUAGGUUUAAAAAAAUGCUCUUAAUUGUAACUUUCAUGAGUAAAAUUUUAAAAAUUUUGUGAAAUUCAAUUUAUCAAUUUUUGUUUUCUUUUACGGAUGGUACCUUUGGUGUCAUGUGUAAGAACUCUUUGCCUAACCCUCAAUUCCAAAGAUUUUCUCUUUUGUUUUCUUCUGUGUUUUGGUCUGUGGCCCAUUUGGUUUAAUUUUUGUAGAAGGUGUAAAGGUUUUUUUUUUUUUUUGCUAUGGAUGUCCUGUUGUUCUAGCACCAUUUGUUGAAAUGACUAUUUUUCCUCCCUGGAAUUGCUGUUGGCUUUUCAUCAAAAAUAAAUUGGUUAUACUUGUGUGGGACUAUUUCUGGACUCUCUUCUGUGACAUUGAUACUUUACCAAUAUUGCCCUGUCUUGAUUACUGUAGCUAGAUAGUAAGUCUUAAAACCAGGAAAUACGUUUCUUCCAACUUUAUGCCUCUUUUCAGAAUUGUUUUUUUUUUUUCAGAAUUGUUUUAGCUAUUUUAGUUCGUCUUUUCAUAUAAAUUUUAGAAUGAUUGUCUUAAAAAAAAGAUCCUGCUGAGAUUUUGAUAGAAAUUGUGUUAAAUCUAUAGACCAAUUUGUUAAAUCUAUAGGCCAGUUGGUAUCUUUACUAUAUUGAGCCUUCCAAGGCAUGAACACAGUAUGUCUCCCCAUUUUUUUAGGUUUUCUCUGAUUUCUUUCAUUGAUAUUUUGUAGUUUGCAGCACAUAAAAAGAUCCUAAACAUUAGUGUGUUGUUAGUUUAUACUUAAGUAUUUUUUAAAAUUAAUUAUUUAUUUAACUUAUCUAUUGGCUGCGUUGGGUCUUUGUUGCUGUGCAUGGGCUUUCUCUAGUUGCUGCGAGCAGGGGCUACUCUUCAUUGCGGUGUGCGGGCUCCUCAUUGCCGUAGCUUCUCUUGUUGUGGAGCACAGGCCGUAGGGGCGUGGGCUUCAACAGUUGCAGCACAUGGGCUCAAUAGCCGUGGCUCAUGGACUCUAGAGCACAGGCUCAAUAGUUGUGGUGCACGGGCUUAGUUGCUCCAUGGCAUGUGGAAUCUUCCCAGAGCAGGGCUCAAACCUGUGUCCCCUGCAUUGGCAGGCAGAUUCCCAACCACUGCACCACCUAGGAAGUCCCUAUACUUAAGUAUUUUGAUUUGCUUCAUUGUAAGUGGUAUUACAUUUUAAAUCUCAGUUUCCAUUUGUUCAUUGCUAGUAUAUCGAAAUACAAGUCAUUUUUGUUGGUUAACCUCGUAUCUGUGGCCUCCCUAGACUCACUUAUUAGUUCUGUAAAGGUUUUCGUUUUUAGAUUCCUUGAGAGUUUCUGCAUAGUGUCAUCUACAAGUAGGGAGUUUUAUUAUCUCCUUUCAAAUCUCUUUUCUAAUGCCUUUUAAUUUUUUCUUACCAUAUUGACUGACAAGGAAUUCCAGUACUAUGAUGAAUAGGAGCGGUGAGGCUGGACAUCUUUGCUCUGUUCUCAGUCUUAUGGGGAAAGAAUUCAGUCUUUCAUCAUUAAGUAUGUUGACUAUAGGGGGUUUUGGUAGAUACUCUAUUAGGUUCAGGAAGUUUCCUUCUGUUCCUAGUUCACUGAGUUGAUAAUAAACUAGAUUUUUUAUACCUAGUUCACUGGUUCAAAUGUUGUGAAUGCUUUUUCUGCUUCAGUUGAUAUGACCAUGUGGUUUUCCUUCUCUUGACUAUUAAUAUAGUGGAUUGAUUUUUGAAUAUUGAGCUAGCUUUCCAUGCUUGGAUUAACCCCACUCGGUGAUUGUGUCUUGUGCACUUUAGGUAUGGAUGGAUCCAGGUUGCUAAUACUUCAUGGAGGCUUCUUGUCUCUGUGAUGGUGAGGGAUGUUGGUCUAUAGCACCGUGUUUGUCUGGUUUUGGUAUCAGGGUAAUGUUGGCUUCAUAAAAUGAGUUGAGAAGUGUUCCCUCUUCUUUUAUUUCCUGGAAGGGACUGUGUAGGAUUGUGAUUUCUUUAAACAGUUAGUAAAAUUUACCAGUGAAACCAUCUGGCUUUGGAGAUUUCCUUUUCGGGGCGGGGGU